AUGGCCUCCCGCAAGGAGCAGGUCAUGCAGUCCGUUCGCUCCGAGCUCGCCCUCGCCAACGCGCAGGAGCUCAUGAACUCGGCGAACAAGGCUUGCUUUCAGAAGUGCAUUACGAAGCCUGGAGGAAGCCUCAGCAGCAGCGAGGAGACCUGCCUUGACCGCUGCCUUGGGCGGUAUAUGGAUGCCUUCAACAUCGUGGCUUCGACAUACGUGACGCGCCUCAAGAGGGACCGCCAAGAACACGCUGCCUCGGGCGACGUCCUCAGCGCGUAG